AUGGGCAACAACGUUGGCGGAAGUGUCGAUCGGAGUGAUCUAGGACUUAAACCUUGGUACAUGCUCUAUGAGAUUGAACAAAAUCUCAAUACUGGUGACAUUGUUCUAUUUAGUACUCGCUCAACGCCAGGUCGUCUCUUCCGAUUUCACACCAACAGCAAAUAUUGUCAUGUCGGGAUUGUUGUAAAAAUUCCAAAAUCAGACAAAUCCAAUUACCACUCGAGUGAGUCCAAUGAAUCCUUGUUGAAUCAAGGAAAAGCACUCAGUGCAGAACACGUCUAUAUUUUAGAACCUCAAGUCGAUUAUGAACAAUUCUUGGAUUUAUCUUCAAUUGUUGCUUCCAAUUCAAUUGCUUCCAAAUCGAGCACAAGUACAAAUGAUUUAACAAAAGGAUCUUCCAUGUCAUCCAAUUACAGAGUCAAAGUGAGAGCAAGUAUGCUACGAUUGACUUCAAAAUUAUAUUCUGGAUACUAUGAUUUAGUAGCAGUGAGAAAAUUGAAAUAUUUAAAUGGUAAAAAGGGAUCCGAGUUGAUUCACACUCAACUCACAGAUUUACUCUUUGAUAGAGAUUUGGAACGAAAAGAUCCUCAACAUGAUCUCGCAAAUAUUUUGGAAAGUGAAUUUACAUUUUCCAUACAUCCACAUUAUUUCAAUAACUUUUUUAGAGAGAGUUUGUUUGAGAAUGGUCUAAUCUUUGCGUCACCUCCUGAAGAUCGACAACUAUUGAUCAGUGCCAAUUUUACGGCUCUCAUUUAUGAAAAGUUGGGAAUUUUCAAAAUGGAGAAUAUGAAUAUCAUUUCUAAAUUCACACCCUUUCACUUUUCAGAAGACUCUUCCUACAAAUUACCUUUUAAUAAGCAAUUAGUCAUGGGUCUGGAAGAUCCAAUGUAUAUUUAUUUGGAUUAUGAAGUAUUUGCUGAUCAAUUACGGGUUGAAAACAAGACACUCCCUCUCAAAGUCACUGAUUCUCCAAUUUGUGACAAAAUUGUCAGAAAUCGACUCUCUCUCAAUUGGAAUGAUUCACUCAUUUCCACUCUAAGAAGUGGUGACUUGAUUUUCACACAAGAAGAAUCUACUGUAGGUCGUGCCGUUCGUCGAGUCUGGAAUGGUUCCACCUACUCUCGAGUUGGAGUGAUUAUUCGUAUUCAGGGUCAAUUCUUUGUCUAUGACAUUGCGCCUUAUUAUUUGAGUCAGGAUGAAGCAAAAAUUCCAAAUUGUAAAGUAUUGGAAGGUCGAGUGCAGAGUCUACAUUCCUACUUGGCAAGUGUUCCAUUCAUUCGAGUAGCAGUUCGAAAAUUAGAAAGUGAAGGAACCAAUGUAUCCAUGAGAAUGCAAGAGAAACGAGUGUAUGUUUCUCUUCAAUUAGAACCAACCAAUGAGUGUCUCAUGAACAAGCGAAUUCGAGAACUCUUUGAAAAUAUUGACGGUACUUUUAUUCCACGUGUUCGAUUUGAUGUCUCGAAUGUCUUUUCGUGUGUUUUUGUGUUACUCAUGUUCAAGCAGUUGAGACUCAUUAAUGUGAGUGAUCAACCCCAUGAUUUGCUAUCGUAUACACCCACCCACUUGUUAGAUUUUAAAAAGUUGAAUGGUGAUUACAAGUUGGGUGAUGAAAUGAUCUUGUUGAAUGCUGAAGUGUUGAUCCAUCAACACAAGGUGUAG